UGGGCGGUAGCGCAGGACACGGCAGCCACCACGCUGACCUCGGGCACUCAUCCGGACCCGCCCAUCUACUACCCAGCCUCGCCCUGAUUGGCUGAGGGUGCGACGUGACCAUCGGGGCGAGAGCAUAAAAGGCGGGCGGUCGCGGGACUGGGUUAGAGUUUUCGUUCGGGAACCGAGACAAGCAUGUCCGUGUCGGAGCUGCUGUACCCCGUGCCCCACCAGGGAGGAUACCCGCCCUUCUCCGCCGCGUACAGUGGAGCAGGCCAGAACAGUCCCUCCAUGCCCUACAGUGUUAUGUCGCAUUACGAUCACAGUACCUCUAACAGUGUCAUGUGCAGUCAACAGUGCCAACCCUCGACGACAGUGUCCUCUCCUGUGUGGUCCUCGCCUCACCCCACCACGUCCUCGUACUCCGAAGGGCGCCCCAGUCCCUCCUGUUCGCCCAUGAGCAGUUGCGAGAGCCUGGAGGAUGGCUCCCCGCGCCCUUGGAACACCCAAAACGCCGGCCCUGCGUCCUGGUCGUGGGGCGCCCCCGGAACCACACACCCGCUACUGGCGGCCUCCUCGUCCUCCAAUUCCUCGUCGAGCUGCGCCUCGUCGAUCCUGGCGUCGCAGGGGAAGCAGACGAAGGCCAGGAGGAAGCCGCCCAAGCCCGUGGCCCGCGACGUGAUCAAGAGGCGCCGCCUGGCCGCCAACGCGCGCGAGCGACGCCGCAUGAACGGCCUCAACGACGCCUUCGACCGCCUCCGCGAAGUGAUCCCGGCACUCAGCGGGAACCAGAAGCUGUCCAAGUUCGAGACGCUGCAGAUGGCGCAGACGUACAUCACUGCGCUCGCCGAACUCCUGCACUAGAUGUGGCUUCGUCCUGCACUGGAGCAGCUCCUUUCCAUAUCUAGUCAGAGCUGAGUCCAUCUGAGCAAAGAAAAAGGUACUUCCGGAAGGGGGUCUCGUCCUCCUAGCCAAGUCCUCUUCGGUGAUGUGCUUCUGAUCUCUCGCCGCCCAGACAGUUCCUUCGUGACAGCCCCUUUAAAUGACAGCCCCUGAAAGCUACUUCAGUACCAGCCCCCUUCAAGACAGUCCCUUCAAGACAGCCACUUGGAAACAGCCCCUGAGGAGACAGUCCCCGAGUUUUUGCCCUGACUCUCCCGUAACAGUCGAGAGUCACAGGUAGAGCUGAAGGUGAUGCUCCCUCCUUAAGAUUUUCUCGCGAGAUGAGAUGCUGUGAGAUAACAGGUGUGACGGCGCCCGCCCACGAGAUGCUGUGAGAUCUUCAAGACGUCGAAGAUGAUGCUCCUCUACUAAUGGCAUUUUUUUAUGUUGUUGUUAUUGUUGUUAUUGUGACUUACAAAGUAUUGCUUUUGUUGUUGCUGUUGUGUCCAGUCUUAUUGAGCCAAAGAUAGUUUAUAAGAACAGUCUUGAUUUAAAUGAUAUGUUUAUAUGUGAAACUGCAUAAGAUAUAGAUGCUUGCCAAAAUAAAGUGCAAAGUGUA